CGGCCUCCCUUAAUUCUAAGGCGCGCACGCGCGUUUCAUCUUCGGGACUCAGUAGUGGCGCAUGUGUUUCCGUUGCCGUGGAGGUGGGAAGCCUGCGAAGAAGUCCCGGAUUUACGCUGCUUCUCCACGCCCGGCUUCUAAAGGAGCUGUUCGCCCCACUUUAGGCGCAUGCGCGUUCUGCGGAGCCUUGUUUCCUUGGCAGCUGUUGUUUGUUUUCGGCAAAAGUAGCGUAACAGGCCGCGGAGGGGGAUGAGAAAGAAACCAAGUGGCGGGGGGGAGAACGGGCAGCCGCGGCAACAGCGGCCCUAACUCGAGGCAGUGCCGGAGACCCGGUCAAAAAUGCUGAACUUUGAGAAAGAAAGGUGUAGUGUAUUGAACCAUUCUUAAUAUAGGACUGAAAAUGCCACCAGCGGAGAGUGAGGCAAAGGCAAAAACCAAGGUUCGCUUUGAGGAAAUAUUCAGGAGUCAUUCUGGGCUAGCAGAAAAAAAGAAAUCAAAGAAGCAAAAAUUUCACUCUCAUGAGAAUAUUGUGCUUGACACCUUUAGAAAUAAUCUUGAUCUAGCUAAAGAAAGUGGAAAUGAUGAGGUAAUUAUAAACAACACUUAUAAUCCUGAGGAAAAGAGCCCCCGGUUUACAAAAAACAAACUAAGAGACAAAGCCUCAGUUGCAGAAAAAAUAAACAAUGAUGAUAUUAGUGGAGAAGAAAACAAGCAACCAAAGUCUAACAAGAAGAAAAAGAAAGCAGUGUUACAAGAACAAUUUAAUGAGGAGGAAAAGGUAUCUGAAACUAAAUUGGAGAGUUUUGAAAAACAGAUUACUGAUUUGCCAAAGAAAAAAACAAAAAGUAAAUCACAAACAGAUGCAUCUCGUCAAAAAGGUAACAACAAGAUAAAAAGUACCUUGCAUGAAGCGAGAGAUGUUACUGAAUUAGAAGAGGAAGAACAGCUAAUUCAAGCCUAUCAGCUGCAAGUGGCUGAGGAUGAGGCAAAUAUAAUUAAGGAGAAAAUAAGAAAAAAACUUAAAGAACAGAUGUCUGAAUUCACCUCCAGUGUUCAAAGCCAAAAAGUUGUAUUGAACAAUGAAGUGGGCAAAAAGAAGAAAGAAGUGCCAUUUGUAUCUGAAGCUGAAACAAGUGCGAUGUCCCUUGCUGAACUACAGCAUAACCCACUGGAAAAUAAUACCAGAAAAAAGAAGUCAUCAGGAAGACUGCUUGCAUCAUAUUUUAAAGAUGAAAUGAACACAGAGGAACACAAGGAGGAGGAAGAUGUGGAAAAACUGAAACCUAAAAUAAAGAAAGCAAAAAAGAAAUCCCCAAAAGCAUUAGAAGAAAAUACAGAAAUUGCUGCAGAAAAUGUACAGGAAAUGAACAGUCCAGAAGUUUGUACUCAAUCCAAACUUGCUUUUGAUGACAGCCUUGUGUUAGGGGUUUACAUCCAUCGAACUGAUAGACUUAAAACUGAUCUCAUGGUUUCGCAUCCCAUGGUCAAGAUUCAUGUGAUUGAUCAGAAAACUGGUUUGUAUGUCAAGAAAGAGCAUAGCAGCCGGGCGGUUUCAUCUUUUUAUGAACAAGAGCGAGUGGAGCACAUUCUUCCUAUUAUGACCCAGCCUUACGAUUUCCGACAAUUUAAAUCAACACUUCCAGAAUGGGAGGAACAAAUCAUAUUUAAUGAACGUUUUAGUUAUUUCCUUCAAGAUGCUGAAGAAAGCCCCAAAGUAGUCCUGUUUUUUGAGAUCCUUGAUUUCUUAAGCAUGAAUGAAGCAAGAGCCAACUCUGAAGUGCAAAUUAAGGAAAGUGGUUUUCGCAAAAUCUCUUGGGCAUUUCUAAAGCUUGUAGGUGCAAACGGAGUGCUAAACAUUGAUGGGAAACUUCGUCUGCAAUUAUAUUAUCCACCUCCAAGGACCAGGACACAGUCAAAUGUUGUUGAGGUUUUUGAUUGGUGGGCAAAAGGUCCUAGAAAUCGUUACCCAUCAACAUUAUAUGUAACUGUAAAAGGCAUAAAACUACCAGAUCAUGUAGAUCCUUCUUUCCGCUCUAUGAUGGCUGUUCAGCAGGAACAAGGUAGCACGUCAUUCCGUGAGCUCCAGAAUGAGGUAUCAAAAAAAGCUACUGUAUAUAGUCCACAUGAGAAAAAGGAGCAGUUGAAAUGGACAAGACUGCCUGGACAGGCUUGUCGUAUACCAAACAAGCAUCUCUUUUCACUGAGAGCAGGAGAUAUGGGAUGUUUCUGUAUUCGUUUUUCUCAAGAUGGAAAAACAUUAGCAGCAGCCUGUGCAGGGAGGGAUGGUUAUCCCAUUAUUUUAUAUGAGAUUCCUUCUGGACAAUACUUGAGAGAAUUUUAUGGCCACCUUAAUAUUGUAUAUGAUCUUUGUUGGUCAAAAGAUGAUGAGUACCUCCUUACUGCAUCCUCUGAUGGCACUGUCAGAAUGUGGAAAAUUGAGACCCAGGCUACAACUUCUGUGAGAGUUUUCCCUCAUCCUUCAUUUGUUUACACUGCAAAGUACCAUCCAGUUGCUAACUAUCUUGUGGUGACAGGAUGUUAUGACUCUGUAAUUAGGGUAUGGAAUACAAAAGUGAAAGAGCUCUAUGGUCAAUUGCUACAGGAGUUUGAUGGUCACAAAAGUUUCAUCAAUACCCUGUGUUUUGAUUCAGAAGGACUUCACAUGUUCUCAGGAGACAGCUCAGGGCUGAUUAUAGUUUGGAAUACCUUUGUCAAAGGAAGUUCGCAACAUCCAGUCCAACACUGGGGUAUUAAUAAGGAAAUAAAAGAAAAUGAUAUUAAAGGGACUCCAAUAAAUCAUUUAGAAGUACAUCCAAAUGGAAGACGUUUAUUAAUCCAUGCCAAAGACAGUGCUCUGAGAAUUAUGGAUCUCAGAAUCUUGGCUACAAAGAAAUACAUAGGUGCCACAAACUAUAGAGAGAAGAUUCACAGUACCUUAACACCGUGUGGGACAUUUCUUUUUUCUGGAAGUGAAGAUGGGAUAGCAUAUGUUUGGAAUCCAGAAACAGGUGACCAAGUAGCCAUGUAUUCUGACCUCUCCUUCACAUUUCCAGUUCGAGAUGUCGCCUUUCAUCCACAUGAACACAUGGUGUCAUUUUGUGCCUUUGGUCAAAAUCAGCCAAUACUUGUGUACAUUUAUGAUUAUAAAGUUGCACAGCAGGAGGCUGAAAUAGUAAAAGAUCUCAAUGGGUCACUCGCAUCAACAACACUCAGAGGGCCACAAAUUCUUAGCAAUUCUUCUCAUAUUUCUGCACAGAAAGAUUCAACAAUGUCUCCAGCAGAUCAAUUUGUCAGUGUUGCAAGAGUAUCUAUGAGAAUGCAGAAAGUGAAGCAGAAACUUGACUCUGUUAUGACCAGCUCAAAUCUCAUGCUUCCGGCUCCAUCACUGCUCUCGCCACACUCCAAGUUAAGGCUGCCAAGUACUGUGGGCACUUCACUGAUUCCUCAGUAUCCUUUCACGUCUCAAAAUGGGAGUUUCAGCCCAGUAGGAAGUCCUCUUAGCCGAACACCAUCAGUCAGACUACAGACGAGUGAUGACCUUCUGGUUACAUCAAGUAUGAGAGGAGCAAAUAAUUCUACACCAGUGCAAGAGAUAGUAGUGGCUCUUUAUGACUACACAGCGCAUCGAUCAGAUGAGCUAACCAUCCAUCGCAGUGACAUUAUCCAAGUGUUAUACAAAGAUAAUGAUAACUGGUGGUUUGGCAGCCUAGCAAAUGGACAGCAAGGCUAUUUUCCAGCUAAUUAUGUGGCUGGUGAAACUGAAUAUGAAAAGGAACAGUCUUCUGAAUUAGUACCAGAUUCUACUCCUCUUCUACACAGUGAACAAACAGAAGCAGAAGUAAGAUAUCCAGCGCCACAUGGGAUGUCAGCAGUCAUCACCAAGUCAGGGGACCUGAAAUUUAUCUCAGAGCAUGACACAGAUAUAGACUCACCUGUGACACAAGUUACGAAGAAGAAGAAAAGGAUACUGAAGAAUGAAACAAUGGAAAAUCCGCCAAAUUUAAUGGCUCUUGACACCCCUGUAUCAUCAAUUACUACUAACAGUGUUGAAAACAAACCUAGAACACAUGGGUUAGAACUGAAGAAGAAGAAAAGAGCAGUGAAAAACUCAAGUGCAAGUGGAAAGACAAAUGUUGCCUUUGAACCUGACAAUUGAAGUGUCAUAAAUGAAGUCAUCAUUUAACUCCAGAUAUAGGUGUUGCAUUCAGAAUAUUAUAUGCAAAAAAAUGGAUUUGAAUGGGAUUUAUGCUGAAAUGAUAAUCUCACUUUCAGGAUAAAAAAAAUUGAAAACCAAAACAUUAAACAUAGACAAACACAAAAUUCCCCCAUACUCCUUUCAAGACAUGCCAUGUGGUCUGGAACCUAAUUCUGCAAGGAACCUGGCACCUCCAGCUCUUACUGAGGUUAACGAAACUUGAGUAUCCAGCACUUCACAGGAUUGGGCUCCUGGACAGUUCAAGCCUGAAGUUUGACUUUCAUAUUUCCCAAGAGCAGCAUUUACAGAUGCAUUCUGAAAUAAUCUAAGUCCCAAUUCUGUUACCUUUCUCAUGCUGACUAGAAUUUUACUGUUGGAAAGAUUCCCAUUGACUUCAAUGGGCGUUGGAUCCAAGCCAUUUUUGAGCAUGAGCAAAGGUGGUAGAGUGAAGUCCAAAAUUGUUAGUACUCUGUGACCUAAAAUGAAACAAGCUUGACCAGGAUAGAAGGUUUCGUGUUAGCAAUUUUGAUUUUCUUGCACGUAAAAAGACAGACAGUAUUCUGUAUUUAGCAUGUGAGCACUCUGAAAGAAUCUUACACAGGUCUACAUGAAAACAUACACUUUUUAUGUCUUCCUGUUGUUGAGUAUUCACUUUGGACUAGAUUUUGCAAUCCUUGUUUAUAUUGGUGAACACCUACUCAUGCAAGUAAAUUUACUUCAGUGGAACUGCUUGUAGAUAAAGCUCACCAACAUGAGUAUGGAUUGGAAAAUUCAUCUUUUUGGUACAUUGAUUUUUAAAAUGAAGGCUUUUUAUAAAUAUAUAAAUGUGCACUAAAACUUUGUAAAACUCAGUUUUUGCUGCACUCAGAGCAGCAUUGCCAAAUAUAUUUUACUUUAUUUUGAAGAAAUGUUUCAUAUCAAAAUGGGUAGUUUAUUUUAUGCUGUGUGUAGUAUUUAUUUCCUUUAUAUGUUUAGUUUAUCUCUUUUUUAAAUUAAUAGCACUAUGUUGUGAACCAUUAUUAAUUAUUUCAAUAACUUCUUACAAUACUAUCAUUUUACAUUUGACAUUAAAUGAAAUACUUUCCAUCA